AUGGCCAGCCCCCAGAACCCGUAUACACUGGGCCCGGCGUUCAGCCAAUCAUACAAUAAUGGGCCUUCAGUUUCCCGCGUCUCAUCUGCGACAGCCACGCAGAACAAUGCAGCAUCCUCAGCAAUCCCAUCAUCGUCAAAGCCCCCAGCUUCGGGAUUCAGAGCGCCAGCACACAAACAUGCCCACCACCUGCACAGUAUACCGCCGAGAGAGAAGUCGACGCGAACGUUAAUCAUAGAUCAUAUGCUUUGGGUUCAUGGAAGAACGAGGUUUGCCCAAGCUCGCGCAGAACUCGGUAUGACAGAUCGUACUGGCGGCCCCUCCUCAAUACAUUACACCCAUCGCCAUCGUCCGGAGAACUAUGAAGAGGAUGAGCAAGUGGGCUCGGAUGGUGAAGACGUGGAUCACUUGAAAUCGCGUGCCCUACGGCCGACCGACGACGACGAAGAAGACCGCAUUGGAGCUCAAGACUUAGCUUUAGCCAGAAGCUUGAGACUACGAGCCGAAGGAUUGGAAAAGGUCGUUACGGCGAUGCUUGAUCAGCCACCGGUUACAGUACACCCGGUCGAUGAUGAGGACGUCUUUUCUCCUCCAACCUCGCCCAAGCUUGGGCCUUCCAAACACCCGCAUGUCCUACCGAACGGCGUCAGGCUGAGGCUGUCGUUGGGAACCAUGAUCAACGACUUCUUUGCACGCCAAGCUCCUCCGCCCCCGUACCGGCAUCAGCAACGUAUGAAAGACGACAAGGAAAUUGCAACCCCCGUUGACAGUAGACACCAUUUGCCCCCAGCAUUAGAAAAGCUUUCGUCCAUCUCCUCCAGCCCCGCUUCCUCCGAUCUACCGUAUCAUGCUCGCCCCAAACCUACCGAUAGAGUCUUUGCGUUAUACACAGCAGGUGCUGAUCCAAGUACAGCGAAUGCUCCUCCUGCCCUGCGCUGUCCGCGGCACCUUCACACCAGCUGCGAGAUCUGUGUCGAGGCCAAGUCUCGCACGAAAUUAGGACAAAGUGGUGGUGGGAAUAGACAUAGUUCCUACUCCAAGUCCCCUAUGGUAACGCACUUAACGCCCGGGUCCACACCCCAAGCUUGGGCCCCUUCACCUUCCGUUUACACGCCCUCGUCCUCGGCGUAUAACCUAUCCUAUAAUCCGGCUUCUUCGUAUACGAGCACAUAUCCAAAGACAAACAGUACAUCUUCGUUAACCGGAGGAGGGGCGCUCAGUGGAUGGCAAGAUGGUAGUGGAAUAGGUUCCGGUUUGGCGCGUCCUGGGGUUGGUGGUUCAUGCCUUCGCCGAAAGCCAGCGCUAGGCAACCGUCAAACCGAAUCUCGCUCAUCAGGUAGUACUGGAGCCGGGAAUGCGAAGCUUUCUGAGUUAAUUCCGAGAUUUAUGAGGCUAUCUGCUUUGGUCGCCCUCGAACUCGGUCGUGAGAUGGAAGAAGAUAGACUUUCGAUGGCAGGCUCUACGUCAGGCUCCAACCAGCCUUCCAGCUUCGCUUCGUCGUCCCGCGAUCGUGGAGGCAGCGUUAGUUCAGACUAUAAUGCUGCAAGCACCAGUUCCUUGCCUCAGAUGUUUCCUCCUACCUCUCCGGUGCUGCGGAGGGCCAGCUUUUCUUCCAAUGCGCCGCCUGUUCCGCAAACACCAAACCAAGCUUCUGCUUCACAAUCCAAGACGGCACCGUAUGCAUACGCCCUUCAACCGUCGCGUGAAUGGUACCUAUUGACCAGCGGUCUCUUGACACGCGCAGCUUUAGAGGGCUACUUAACAGCUGGGUGGCGUGGUGUAGAGGCUAUCGAGUGUCUAUUGACCGUUGGGUUAGGCAUGAGUGGAUCGGACGAAUUUUCGGACGACUCAGAGGCUGCAACAUCAGAAGACGACCAUUCGAAGGAAGGAGGAACCGAAGAUCCAUCGUCCAAGGCUUUUGAGGACUUUGAUCCAGAUGAUUUACCAGCUCUUCAAGAUGCCACUCGUAUCUUGUUCCCUUCCUUACGAAACUACGAGGAUUCCGCCGCCGGGCCCGCCGCGGAUGGAAGUCAGAGACCGAUAAGCCGUAGUCCAGUUGAAGAAGAGUUUGCAAAUGAAAUGAUGGAUCGAAUGCGGCGUUUUUACGACAUUCCUACAUCUACCCCUGAUCUCUCUACGCACAUGGAAGACCUCGCGUGGCAAUAUCCGGCGGAGCCUGUCGAGCGUGCCGCUGUCCGAUUUUGUGAAGCAGUUAGCCGGUGGCGGGGUAAACCAGAGUUAGAGACUUACAAGAAAUGUCCCCCGCGGUCCACGGGACGUGCUGGCGACCCCCACGGCAAUGAUAUACCAAGCACACCAGGCGGUACGGCGCUCACACUAGAUUCCUUGGUUCAUUCCUCGCCGAUCAGUCCCAAUAACCAAAAUGUCAAUAACCCCAACCGCACGAGGGUCGGUACAGGCUCCGACAGACUGGCACAACCCAGUAAGACCAUGCCCUCCAUAGAAAAAUACUUUCUGCCUCCAUUAAGCGCGUCUAACUUGACGGGCGAACGCGAGGUCGCGUGGAAUCGAGGCAACAAACGGAUGCGAUCUCCAGAAGACACCCGUGCCGGAAAUGCGAAGAGGAUCCAUGUAUGA